CCGGGCCGCGGCCGCGCAGCCGGCGGGGGGGAAGGCGGCGGCAUCGCCCCCGCGGGGCUCCCCCCGCCGCACCCCGCUUUCCCUCAAAGUUCGGGGCGGGAGCGGGGGGGAGAGCGGAGCCAACUUGUCCCGGAUCCCUUUAUUCGCCGCCGGAGCCGCCGUGUCUCCCAACCCCCGCGUGUGUUGCUGAUCGGAGGGACGGAGCUCGGUCCUGUGUCCGCCCCGCUCCUUCCUGCCCGCACCAUGGAGUUCGCCCAGAGGAAGAGGAGCAGGAAAUCCCAAAGCUUUAAACUGGUCAACGAAGAUUACCAUCAUGAGAUAUAUAAGAUCUCUGACUACAGCAAUGAUGUUAAUGGGGAGACCAAAGAAACACAACCAGUUUUUUUAGGAGAUGAAAGCCGGGAAAUUAAAAAACAAAUUACAGGGAUGAGAAGAUUACUGAAUGACAGCACUGGAAGAAUCUAUCAACGAGUUGGCAAAGAAGGAGAAAAACUGAAGGAGGAGCCCCAAGAUUUAGACUUAGCCUGGGCCCAGCGCCUGAAUCCCCCUGCAGAGUCCCAGGCCAGCCUUCAUCCUUCUCAGAGCGGAGCAUGGAAUGAAUUAUCACCCCAAGCCAGCCAUUUCUCGGGACAAUAUGGAACUCGAUCCAAAACGUUCCAAAAUCAGACUCGAACGGUGGCAUCCAAUGGAGAAAUCCCCAUGGUGAACUCAUCAGUUGGACCAAACUGCUGUACAUGUAAUUGCCAGUCAACCCUGCAGGCAAUUCUUCAAGAGCUCAAGACCAUGCGAAAACUGAUGCAGAUUCAAGCAGUUGGGACUCAAAACAGACAGCAGCCUCCUGUUCCUCUGAUUUGUGCACAAAAGGCAACAAUAUCAAGAAAGAGAAAUAAAAAGAGAAAACUGCCCCUGAAAACUUUUGAACCAGUUGCAAUGAAUAAGAAACCCAGCGCUGCAGAGAAUGAAAAGAAGCUUUCAGCAAACUCAGAGCGACUGAGUCUGCAAGCGAUUGAACCCCCCCCAAAACCCGAAACCCCCGUUUCAGGAUUUGGAAUUAUCCUUGAAUCGGCUUCAUCAGAUCCAGAAGUGCAACUUGCAGAAGGCUUUGAUGUCUUCAUGCCAAAAUCUCAGCUGGACUCUAUACUAUCAAACUACACUCGCUCAGGAAGUCUGCUCUUUAGGAAGCUGGUCUGUGCAUUUUUUGAUGACAAGACUUUGGCUAACUCUUUACCAAAUGGCAAAAGGAAAAGAGGGCUCAAUGACAACCGGAAAGGACUAGACCAAAAUAUUGUGGGUGCAAUAAAAGUCUUUACAGAAAAAUACUGCACUGCUAACCAUGUGGAUAAACUUCCUGGUCCUAGGGACUGGGUCCAGAUUCUUCAGGAUCAAAUUAAACUGGCAAGAAGACGAUUAAAAAGAGGCUCAGCAGAGGCAACUGACUGUGAUGAGAAGCCGGACAUUUCUCUACUACAAACAGGGAGGGAAGCAAUUCCGCUGCGAGAGGACCCUCAUAAAGGUUGUUAAUGCGACGCAGUGUUAUCUUUUCAUCGCUCUGGUAACCUUUUUGACACCACAACAGACCAUCUGCUAGAUGCAAACCCGGAUUUUUCAGUUUGAGUUUCACAUCAGUGUUCUUAGCGGAUAGAAACACCCUCUCCUGUCGAUACCAUUCCUGCAAGCUCGGCGUGAGAACACUGCAGGACGUGGGCAUCCACACAGCUUUCCUUACGAGUUUCUGUUGUUUCCAUGCAUUUUCCAUGUAAAACCGCCGGAUUGCUUCGCUGUUCUUCAUCUUAAUUGAAGGUGAUUUCCCUCGUAUCCAAUGCAUUACUGAAUUAGCGGGGCAUCCACUCUGAAGUCAUUCUCUUGCCUUUGUUUUUCCUCCAUGAUUGUAUUUUUCCACGUGAUUGUAUGCUUGCCAGCAGUGUUUCAUCUUAAGCCACGCAGAAGUGGUGACUCUUCCUGUCCCCAGGGACCAGGGUGGCAUCUCUCUCCAUCCCAAACCCUGGGGGCUCGAUGAGCACUUGAUUUGCCGAAGCUCUUUGCUUCUGCAGACCCGCUUUUCCUUUCCUGGCUGCUGCGGUACCAAUGACCAGUCGUCCACAGCUGUGAUUAAAAAAAGUCCUCGCUGGAUUUAGGUGGAAAUAAAGCAGGAUUCCUCCCAGCAGUCUCCCAGUUACAGCAAGGAGAAGCUAUUCCUCAGUUUCCCCUCCGUGGUCCUAGUGCGGUGGUUCUCGAGCAUCUUUGCAGAGCAGAUUGCUGGAGGUGGUUGUUCUCCCCUCACCGUUCCCCCCAGCUUGCCCUACCACCUCAAUCUCAAAAUGUAUUAAUCUCUCAAUUUCCAGGAAGAGGGUCUGCUCACUGUGAUUUUUCAGCCACUGCCCUUGGAGACAAUAUUCACCUGUUUUUUAAAAAAAAGAAAAAGUCACCUUUCGACUGGCACUGUAUUGAUAUCUCAGCAGCUGAGUGAAUCGAUCAAGAAAUUGCACUACCCUCUUAGACGUGGAAAGGGUCAGUCCUUUCAGGUCAGGGCUGAGGUAAAACUGUACACAGCCCUCCGUGCGAACCUUCACUUCUGCACCUUUCAUCAGCACUAAAUUCACUUUAAAAAUGUCGGGAAAAAAAAUCUAGAAGGUCUUACCUGCAACGCCUGUCGAUCACCAGGUAGUUUGAGCAUGUUUGCUGCAAUUCGAGGGACAGCUUGCUAGAGCCUUUACCAUUGUGUUUCCUUUCCCUGUGUGUAUCUUAGGUACAUUUGGUUUGUUUGGUUUUUUGUUUGUUUUUUUGGAAACUAUUUGGCCUUUUGAGUGUCUCAACAGAAGUGCUAUUACACAGUGGGAUGGUUUUCAAAAUACUUAAUCUUUUUUUUUUUUUUUUUUUAAUAACAACCCCAAAGCCCGUUUCUCAGAUGUCGUAGAAUACCCACAAAUAACACUGAAGCCAACGGGAAUGGUUUGUUCUCUCGGCUCCUGAGAAACGAGGCUCCCAGUCCCUCCCCACCCACCUUCCGUGGACUUUUAGGAAUGACCAUAUUCUCUCUGAAACUGUGGAAUAGAUUGAAUGUGCACUGCAAACCUUAAAUUUUGAGUCUUUCCUUCCUUCGUGGCUUGGAGCUGCCUGCGCAGGGCAGGGGGCUCCAGUCCGUCGUGUCUGUAUCGUAACCCUUCAGCAAGGAAAUCAGCAUUUUGUAAAUUUGGAAGAUUGCAUUUGUGUUUACUUACUGUGACUACUGUUCAGACUUUCUUCAGAAAUCUUUUUAUAGGGUUUAUUAGAGAGAAGAAAAAAAAAAUCAUUCCAUAUUUAGGUAAAAAUGUCUCAAUCUUCUGUAUAUAUGUUUUAUUAAUAUGUAAAUAUUUAGAUAUUUUUAAAUUACUAUGUUCUUAAUAAAGCGACAAGGGACUAGUUGUGAAAUGGUGUAUAACAUUGUGUCGUGUUGCCGAUCUCUGGGAAAUCCUCUUUGUCAGUUCAGAAAAGAAAACCUACAAUAAAUAACUUUAAUUGCAUGUG